CAAGCUGCUCCCCACGGAUAUUUCCUCCCAACGCAACACCUCUCCUUGCUUGCGUGCGCCCCCGCCCCGCACGAAACCCCUCCACACCUGCUCCUCCCUCUGUCCACGCGCCAUGUCUGCCGCCGUCCGUUCGCGCGCCGCCGCCACCGCGGCGAUCUCAGCCGUUCGCCGCAUCCACGCGGGCCGCGCCGCCUUGGAGCAGCAGAACCAGAGCCCCGCCUAUCGCCGCCCGUGGGCCUACUUCCGCCGCCGGCAGCAGCAGCCGCCGCCGUUGCCUCUCGCUGCCCCCGCUUUCCAGGAUGCCCAAGCUGACCGUGGAGCCGGCGCCUCGGACGGAGGAGGGGAGCCUCCGGAGAUCUGGCGCCAGCCUGGGGAGGCGCCUGGUGCGCGUACCGGCGCCGUCGGGAGAAUCGAUGUGGUUAGGGUUGCGGCCGGUGAUGGGAAGGAUGGGGAUGAUUCCGGUGCCGGGUGGGGCGGUUCUAACUUGGGACGACAGUUCCCCACGCCCAAGGAGAUUUGCCGUGGGCUCGACAAGUUCGUCAUCGGUCAGGAGCGCGCCAAGAAGGUGCUGUCCGUAGCAGUUUAUAAUCACUACAAGAGGAUAUCUUGUGAGUCAUUUUCCAGCCGGUCUGCUGGAGAUUCUAGCGAAAGUGAUACUUGCACAAGUGAUACUGACAUGGUAGAGCUUGAGAAAAGCAACAUUCUUGUGAUGGGUCCGACAGGCUCGGGGAAAACAUUGCUGGCAAAAACACUUGCGAGAUUUGUCAAUGUGCCAUUUGUUAUAGCCGAUGCAACAACUCUCACUCAGGCUGGAUAUGUUGGUGAGGAUGUUGAAUCUAUUCUGUAUAAGCUCCUAGCGGCUGCUGAUUUUGACAUAGCUGCUGCUCAGCAAGGGAUUGUUUACAUUGAUGAAGUUGAUAAAAUAACAAAGAAGGCUGAAAGUAUGAACCUUAGUAGAGAUGUCUCGGGUGAAGGUGUUCAACAAGCACUGUUAAAAAUGCUUGAGGGAACGGUUGUUAGUGUUCCUGAGAAAGGGGCUAGAAGGCAUCCAAGGGGUGACAAUAUCCAGAUUGAUACGAAGAACAUCCUCUUCAUUUGCGGUGGUGCUUUUGUGGACUUGGAGAAGACUAUUUCCGAAAGGAGACAUGAUUCUUCAAUUGGUUUCCAGGCACCAGUUCGUUCUAAUAUGCGGACUGGUAGUGUUAUAAAUGCUGAGAUCACAUCUACAUUGCUGGAAACUGUUGAAAGUGGUGAUCUGAUUGCAUAUGGAUUAAUCCCAGAGUUUGUUGGCAGAUUUCCAGUUCUUGUUAGUCUAUCUUCCCUUAGUGAAGAUCAACUUGUUGAGGUUCUUACAAAACCAAAGAACGCUCUUGGUAGGCAGUACACAAAGUUAUUUGAAAUGAAUGAUGUGAAGUUGCAUUUUACAGAAAAGGCUUUACGGCUUAUUUCCAAGAGAGCAAUCUCUAAGAAUACUGGGGCUCGUGGUCUAAGGUCAAUAUUGGAGAGUGUAUUGACUGAAGCAAUGUAUGAGAUUCCAGAAAUCCGAACUGGAAAAGACAAAAUAGAUGCUGUUGUUGUUGAUGAAGAAUCUAUUGGAUCUUCGAAUCAGCACGGUUUUGGAGCUAAAAUUCUUUCUGGUGAAGGAGCAUUGGACCUCUACCUGGACAAACAUAGUAAAGAAUCGACGCUACCACAGUCAAAUGGAGAACCUGAGGUUGAUGCCGAAACUCCUUCCAGAGUGGCCAACAUGUAGUGCCCCUCACAACAGCAACUAUGUAUAUAACUUGUUGUCGUCCGUGUAACUUUAGCCAAUUCAAAUGUAAAUCAAUGCCCAAAUUCAUCUAUGUAUGAGGCUCAUUCGUCCGUUCUGGGGGGACGUAACUUGUCAUGGCUAAUUGGCACCGUUUGUCUCCUGUUCCACCGCAUUCAGGAAAAAGUGAAGAGGCGGAGCUUUUUGUCAUGCA